AUGGCCUUUCAAGGGUACGGGCAUUGGUUUUCGGCCAGAUCCGGCUGGAUCUAUGGCAACUCCGGCUGGAUCUGUGGCAACUCCGAAAUUGCCGUGGAUCUUAAUCAUGAGACACACCCAAGGAAGCGCGCUGUUCUACGUGGGGUUACUUACCAGAACAACAAGUACAGGCUCAAGGGAACCAUUAACGAUGUCAAGAAAAUGAGGGAUUUGUUGAUUGACCGCUUUGGUUAUUCUAAGGAGUGCAUUCGCGUCCUCACAGAAGAAGAAGAACCUGCAUUUAUCCCAACGAAGAAGAACAUACAAGACUCCUUGAAAUGGCUUGUGGAGAGCUCAGAGCCCGGAGACAGAUUGGUGUUCUACUUUUCCGGACAUGGGUUACGACAACCUGAUUUCAACAACGAUGAGCGCGAUGGGUUUGAUGAAACUAUUUGUCCAGUUGAUUUCAUGCAAGAAGGCAUGAUCCUCGACAACGACAUAAGUGCCACCAUUGUCUGGCCGCUCAAGAAAGAUGUCACGCUUCAUGCAAUUGUCGAUGCUUGUCAUAGUGGAACCAUUCUUGAUCUAGAGUGCAUAUACAACCCAAAUUCACGGAAGUGGGAAGAUAACAGCCCUCGUUCAAAAGCUAAAAAAAAUACUGACGGUGGAAUUGCAAUUGGCUUAAGCGCUUGUGGAGAUGAUCAAAUGGCUGCCGAUACCUCUGCUUUCACUGGAAAUGAAAUAGCUGGCGCAAUGACCUAUGCUUUGAUCGAAACGGUUAAGGGAAAUAGCAGAUUGACAUAUGGAAGGCUACUGGAGAUAAUCCAUGAAACCCUCGAACAGGUUAACAAUGGAAAGUGCUUCAGGUCGAGGUUCUUACACAAAGUUCUUCAUUGCAGCAUAAUCCAGGUUGGUUUUCCUCCCUCUUAA